CAUGAGGCUGUGGCCAUGGGUGCUGGUGUGGGUGUGGCUGGCUGCACUAGGGGCCAUAGAAACUGCACCCAGACCCAAGCGUGCCACAGUGUCAGCCCUGGGAACAGAGUCUCUGCGCUUCUUAGACAGACCUGACUUCUUCAAUUAUCCGGACUCAGACCAAGCCAGGCUCCUGGCUGUGGCCCAGUUUAUUGAAGAGAAGCCCAUCGUGUUCAUUAACUCAGGUUCCAGCCCCGGGCUCUUCCAUCACAUCUUGGUGGGCUUCCUGGUGGUGGCGUUCUUCUUUCUCCUUUUCCAGUUCUGCAGCCACAUUACAGUGGGGGGAAAAGAAAAGACCAGAAGAUGCCCACAGACCAAAAGGCACAGAUACAGUGCCAGAAUAAGCCCAGGCCAGGGACGGCCAAGCGUUAAGGGGAAAAUGCAGAGCAAAAGGAGCCAAGGACAAAGAAAGUUCCAUGUUCUUGGAGAGUAAACAAAAACGAGAAAUGGAUGAAUAGACAAGACAGCAUUUUUCUUCUGGAGUCAGCACAUUGGCAGUUCCUCUUAAAUCCUGUAGUCCCGAGACUGGUCUGGGGUGGGGGCGGGAGGUCAGAGAGGCAGGACCUGGGGUGCUCGCCCCACAAGGGGUAGAGGGAUGAAAGCAGAGUCAGCCAGAAGCCAUCACCAAACAUGAGGCACGUGGAGGGGGCCAUGGAGAAGUUGGGGCUGAGGCCUCUGAGGAUGGGGAGCCUGGGACAGGCAGCCUGUGAGUGGAGCCAGCCCAUUCUCCAGCAGGGACGGUACCAGGGAAAAGGGAACCUGAGACUGUGGUGCAAUGGUGUGGAGCUGCGGCCCAGAGGCAGGGAAAGAUGAGAGGGGAGGGGCAGCUGCAGAGAACGCGAGGCGGGAACACAGGGAGAGAGGGCCCAAGAGUGGCCUGGAGGAGUCAGGGCAAGAAGCUGCCCAGAAUGCAGGCCCAGCAGAGGUGAUGGGAGAUGGGACAGCUGGGCUGGUGCAGGAGACCAGGAGGGGCCACCAGGCCCUGGGCUGUCGUGUGAGGUGUUAAAUCCCAUCCCCACCCUCUUGGCAAUUAGGUGCUCAGAAGUAGGAACAGCUGCUGCCCUGGAUUAACCCGGAUCCUCCCCACCUACCUAAGGAUUAAAGCAGGGAAGAAGGACAGGAACAGACAUGGGGGGCCUGCGGAGCAGGGGGGUGCAGAAGCUAAAAGAUGACCUCUGCAUGUGAAGGCUGGGGAGGAAGUGCUGGAUCCCAGGCUCAGCUUGGAGCAGGGGUGGUGGGAAGGGGCGGGCAGAGGCCAAGAAGCAGCCAAGUCCCUGGGCAGGGUUUGAAGAAAGAGUUAAGCCAAGAACUGUCCUCUGCAGCUGCCACUUAAUUCCUCUCGCUGAAGCCCUUCCAGGAAGGGCCGCUGCCUCACCACAGAAGAGGCAACUCAUCUUCGGGAAAAGAGGAGGCAAACAGAAACAGGGCACCCCCCAUCAGGGGCGUCCAGAGAAUGUCUCCCGGGACUCAGUGGCUGCCACAGAAGGGAAGCGGUGCUGAAAGUUACAAAGGGGGUGUUGUGGGCACCUCUAAGGCAACUUGCAAGAGGCCACCCGUGGGUCACCUAGGGCAGCCGUCAGCACCACGGACAGGGCCCCUCUCCUCCCAGUCCCCCGCCUCCUGCCCGCACACCUCUGGGCCUUUUUGGCAAGCACCAGACACUGCAGCAGCUGCCCGGCCACAUUUUGGCCUCUUCACGCUCAUCCCCUCCCACACUGCCUGGCCCUGUGUGGCCUUGUGCAUGUCAUCUCUCCCCUCUCCUUUCCCUCUCGCAUGGAGUGGGUGCCGGAUGCCUGGAUUCUGGGAGGGGCUGAGGGGUGAGCCUGGCAUGAGGAGGGGGCACCCCAUCUGGGUGCUGGCUGGAAAUGGGGUCUGCCUCCUGGGGUGGAAGGCAGGGAGGAGGUGGGGAAUCCACGACAACAUGAGAGACCUGGAAGCCGACUAGAAAGCGCUUUGAGGAUCCUCUCUGAUCCCCGCUCCUUCUCCCCCUGGUUCUGACCUUUAAGGACAGGACGGGAUAAAUUUAUCCCUGGGUGUUGAGUUGCGGUUAUUGCAGUUAACUUGCCCAGGCCCAAGUUAAGGGCUUGGGGACCACGGACAGAGUUCCCUCCAAGAUGUGGGGUCUUCCGGGAUUAUCCGUACACACCAACCACUGGCACCUGGGCAGGGGGGUCUUGCA